UGAAGCUUAGAGGACAUCGGUCAACCUUCUGGUAAAAUUAGAUUGAAUGACUCAUGUUCUAUAAUAUUACCUAAUAAUACAAAUACUCGAUAAUGAUAAUAAUGAUAAUAAUAAUAAUAAUAAUACGUCCGUCUCCCUUCCAGUUACCAUGACAACGAGGAUCAACAAACACGCGGCAUGAACAAGAAGACACGUAAAGGGACAACAGAUCCAUUCCAUCGGGAUUAAAACAAUGUGAGGCAAGCCAUGGCUGACAUGCUGGAAUAUUACCAACAAAUCAGUGAUCUAAAGAAAGCUGUUAGAGAGAGGGAACUCCAACGCUUGGAACUAGAAAAGCAAGCACUGCUCAGCGCUCAGAAGAGGGAACGACGACAUGAAGACUUCAAAGACAAGAUCAGAGCAAUUCAGAGAGAGCUCAACCAGAGAGAAAUGGAUGCAGCAAAGAACUUCCAGACCCUGCUGGCUCGAGUGGAGUCCAUCAGGAAGGAACACCAGCUGCUGGCAGCCCACACAGAGCAACUCAGACAUAGGAAACUUCAGUAUGAAAUGAGUCUAAAGAGUGAAAACCCACUACUUCACUCAGCUGUGCAUCAAGACUCAUCUGGGAUCUUUAAUACUUCAGGAGGUGAAGCACUCUGGAAGGGGAGCUUUCAACCAGCCAGUACACCUGCUUCCAAAUCACAAACACUAUGGGCAUCUACACCUUCACGAUCACAACAGCUAACUCACUCUCUCCCUCCACAACCUCUUGUAUCCCCAGUAACAUCUUACAGUGCUGCUCCUACAAGUCUUGGGCUAACACAACCAAUGGAGAGGUACAUGCCAAGAGGGAAUGUUAGUGUAACAUCACAACAGCAACCUCCUUACAAUGUUCGCAUGACAAACCUAAUGCCAUCAAGUAACGGCCAAAUUCAAGAACCAAUAACUCAAGGUGGAAUGCUUUCACACAUGCCUAGCAGAACAGAUAAGAUUCCAGACAACUACAACCAGCAACCUCACAUUUAUCCUUCGACUUCUCCCUUAACAAGCCUAUCAAAUAACAGCUUACCCCAGGAACAAAUGCCUAGCUAUGGACUACCAUCUGAAACUAGUCCUGCCCCCGCUAAAACCUCAAGUGCUUACAACCAGCCAUCUAUUGUCGAUUAUAAAAGUCUUGCCGAUAUUUACAAAACUGAAGGAGACUAUCGAAAUCAGACAGACAGAUAUUCUACAGCAAGAGGCAAUAUAGAACACCGCAGAAGUUCAAGUCUUAAUGGUUCCCAGACUCACAACUUAGAGAAGCCAUUUACAGACAGGCCCACGUCUAGCAAUUCAGCUCAUUUACAAAGUUUCUCAAAUCCAACUGCUGCAGAGACAAAUUACCUCACUCAUCUUCAAGCAACCCUUCAGCCCCAGCCACAAGCAACCCAUCUACUGCAACCACAACAAUCAACCCUCCAUCCCCAGCCACAAUCAGUCCCUCAAACCAAUCAACCACCAACCAUUCCAGCCCAUCUGCAGUCAACCGUUCAACCCCAGCUACAAUUAAUUCCACAAACCCUGCAACCAUCACCCAUUCCAGCCCAUCUGCAGUCAACCCUUCAACCCCAGCUACAAUCAGUUCCACAAACCCAGCAACCAUUACCCAUUCCAGCCCAUCUGCAAUCAACCUUUCAACCCCAGCUACAAUCAGUCCCUCAAACCCAGCAACCAUCAACUUCUACCCAGCCACCAUAUUUUCCAUCCCAAUUCCAGUCAGCCCUUUCAAGUCAACAACCAUCAGCCCUUCAACCUCAACCUCAGUCAAACCUCCAUUCACAGCAACACUCACUUCUUGAACAACAGAAAUAUGCUGAAACAAACCCUCUUCAGACCAGGGAGUAUCUCACUUCAAUGCAUAACAAUCCUUUGGUUACCUCCACAAAUGGUGCUGCUAUACACACACCCGAAAAAUUAAUAUCUAUGAAUGGUGAUGCAGGAAAAGAUUUAGGGAUAAUGAGCCACCACCUCGAAAGUCUUCCCUAUGACUCGCUCACUCAAGAUCGCUCCUCUUCAAACUAUACCUUACAUCCAGAUUUAGCCAUGCAGCACAACAAUGUUACUCAUCCAACAACGUCUGGGAUUUACAUGACUCAGCCAGACCCAUACAUUAACAGGGACCUACCAGAGAAAGAUGUAAGUAACCUGCAAGCACCAAGUUCAAAAACACCAAGUUUAAAUGAAGAUCCAAUUGAGACAGUGAGGUUGCCAAGUAGUUCAAGGGAAUGUGAGAUUACUAAGAACUUAGGAAUGUUAAAUAUUGAUAAUAAGCCGAGGGAAAUGUUCAACCCAAGAAAAUAUGAUGAAAGAACACAAAAUGGCAAUGAAGUAGAAAUCUUUUUAAACAGUAAUACCUCGUCAUUAACCCCAGACAUUCCUCGUACUGGUGACAACACUCAUGGAGAAAGUGAACAAAGGGAAAGUCUUCAUUCUCCAAGAAAGCCUACUUUGGACAGCACUUUGUUGAAUGAAAACACUUACCUAAGAGAAGGUGAUCAUGACAGACUAGAACACUCCCCGUUAACUAAUUUGAAUAAUACAGUAAAUAUAAAACAGGAUAAUGUUAGCAAGCCUCACCAGUCUCCAUUAAUGGACAACAGAAACACUACUCUUGAAUCAAAAUCUUCUGAAACUAUCACAAAUGAUGCUACAAAUGAUUCGCUGAAGGAUAAUGGACACACAUCCCUGACACAUCCAGAAGAGGAAAAAACUCAGAAAAUGUUUAAGUCCCCUGACAGCUCUUCAAGCUCCUCAAAAGAGACAACAUCCUCAUCACCCCCGAAGACAGGCAGUCCUCCCAGACCCGAUGUACCGACACGAAGUGCAGGGGACAGUGAUUUCUUUGACCAAAAUAUCAAUGUAAAAGACUCUGUUGCCUACAAGUCCCUGGUGAGCGGCGGCAGGAGAGGCACCGUGGGGAUGGAGAGUGAGAGCGAUGAGGCGGAGGAACAGCUGUCAGCACUCACUACAAAGCCACAGACCACACCACCAAGGCCAGUAUUCAAACCAUUUGCCGCCAGUAUUCCCUCCCUGCGACCUGCCCCUGCAGACACAGACACAGACAGUGUGGACAGUGUGGAAGCAGCAAUACAAGCAGCAAUGAAAAAGAAAGAUCAGGCAGCAGCAUCAGAGUCCUCAAGCCAAGUCCAGCAGCCACAGUCACCCCUGAAAGAAGAAGAAAAGUCAGAGCCAUCCACAGAGCAGAAGGGAGUCAUCAAGCCAGGCACAGAUAGAGUCCUUGGCACCAGCAAACCUAAAGCAGCCGUGCCAAUCAAUUUAGAGUCAGAUGCAGAGUCGUAUGAAGUUAGCGUAGGUGCUGAUGCCUCUGAUGAGGAUGAUUUUGACUUCUAUGACAAGUUUUAAUUUUCAAUACCUCAGGCAAUCCAAAAGCAGGCACAAGAUUAAGAAGUUGUAAAGUAUUGUAAGCAAUGAAUCAAUCAUUCAAUGGGAGCAUUUGCCACUGGUUGCCUUGCCUCGCGCACUCUACAACACCAUUCCCAGGUGUCCCUCCGAGUAAGUCUCCAUGCAGGGCCCUUUCCCACACGAAAUAGUACUUUCCAGAGCAGGAGCUCUUGACUUACUCAAGCUUUAGCUUUGUGGGCACCCUUUUGACCUCCUGCUCACAGGAGUGUAACCUGAUGAGCAGAGUCAACUUCUGGGUAGCAUGCCACAUGCCUAUAUAGCUAGAGUUGGGGUUAAAGGAGGAGAAUCAGCUUUUACUCAGUCUCAGAGUUAUCGCCAGUUCGACAGUUAUUUCAGCAAUAACUCGUCAUUCUGCAUAGGCAUUUGUUACCAGAUGUAUCAAUUUACCUCCAAGUCACCACUUAGUGUUCAUAUUUCACAGCAAUAAAGUGAGAUAAGGAG